GAAUUUUUAAGGUUGUGUCAGUCAUGAGGUUGUGUACCAUUUAAUCCUUACAGUCUUACACUUUGCAUGACUUAAUUAAUGUAGAAAAAAAAGGUGAAAAAUUGUAGUAUAUAAAUGGAAAGAGAAGAACGCUAAGCAAGCAUCAUCCACGGACUCACACAGUUGAGCUCGCAGAGUUCUUUUCUCCCUUCUGCAAUCCUGAUUUUAAUUCUGAAACUUGAAAAAUCAACUAAAAUGGUGGGUCACCUUUCUAAUGGCGCCGUCGUUCUUCCUCACAUUUUCUUAGUAUCGUAUCCUGGCCAAGGCCAUGUUAAUCCUUUGCUCAGGCUUGGCAAGAUUCUUGCUUCAAAGGGUUUGCUGGUCACUCUCUCUGCACCUGACACCAUUGGUGACAAAAUUCGAAAAGCCAACAAAAACAUCUCUGAAGAACCCACCCCGUUUGGUGAUGGAAUGAUCAGGUUUGAGUUCUUUGACGACGAAAGCGAGGGGAUCACGGUUCCCGAUGAGCACGCCGCUCAUCUGGAGAAAAUCGGGAAACAGAAACUCCCGAAAAUGAUCCAGAAAAACGCCGAAGAAAGCCGGCCUGUUUGUUGCAUGAUUUACAGCUGCUUCAUUCCUUGGGUUGCUGAAGUAGCCGAGUCCCUUCGUAUCCCUUGUGCUCCAUUAUGGGUUCAAUCCGCUGCCUGUUUUUCGGCUUAUUACCAUUAUUACCUCAAACUCGUUCAAUUCCCCACUGAAUCCCAACCUGAAUUGGAUGUCCAGUUGCCCUGUAUGCCUGUUUUGAAGUAUGACGAAAUCCCAAGUUUCUUGCAUCCUUACACUCAGUAUCCCUCUUUGACCAACUCAAUCUUGGGACAAUUCAAGAACCUGUCCAAAAAUGCCUGUGUACUGAUGGAGACAUUCCAGGAGCUUGAAAACGACGUGAUCAAUUACAUGUCAAAGCUCUGCCCCAUCAAGCCAAUUGGUCCCCUAUUUAGGUAUCCAAUCAACAAAACUCCCGGGUCAACCAACGUGAGCGUCAACGUCGAACUCACCAUUACUAAUCCUACCGCCGCCGUGUAA